GCGGGUCCAAGCGCUGAGAAACACGCACGCAGGUCCCUGCGAAGCCGCGAGCAAGAGAGGGAGAGAGCGAGCGAGCGGCCAGGCCAGGGUGCCCCCACGUGGGCCCUGGGACUGAGGGCGUGGAGAGGCGCGGGCUUCGCGCGGAGCAGCCAGGCCAGAGGGCGCUCUCGGGGGCUCCGCGCUCGGCUCCGGCCAGGCUCUGCGCGGGCUCCGCCGGAGGGUGGCGACGUCGGCGGGCGGUGCGUGUCCUCGCCGCCGCCCGGCGCUCCCGGAGUCGGCUGAGCAGCCCGCCCCGCCCCGCGUGGAGCCAGGGCUUCCGGGGACGCCGGACCCGCGGCUCCGUUGAGCUCCCGCAGCCGCCGCCGCCGUGCCAGGCUCCGGGGAGCCGGGAGCCCACCUCGCGCUGCAGCUGCUCGCGCGCCUCCUGGGGUGAGCGACCCCUGCGGCCGGCAGGUGAGUGACCCCGGCGCCCCAUGGGGAUGAAGAAGAUGAGCAACAUUUAUGAGUCAGCUGCCAACACACUGGGAAUCUUUAACAGCCCCUGCCUGACCAAAGUCGAGCUGCGUGUGGCGUGCAAAGGCAUUUCCGACCGAGAUGCCCUUUCCAAACCAGACCCCUGUGUCAUCCUCAAGAUGCAGUCCCACGGGCAGUGGUUUGAGGUUGACCGGACAGAGGUGAUUCGCACCUGCAUAAACCCAGUGUACUCAAAACUGUUUACUGUGGAUUUCUACUUUGAAGAAGUCCAACGCCUGCGGUUUGAAGUCCAUGACAUCAGCAGUAACCACAACGGACUGAAGGAGGCUGACUUCCUUGGGGCCAUGGAAUGCACACUUGGCCAGAUUGUCUCCCAGAGAAAGCUGUCCAAAUCCUUGCUGAAACAUGGGAACACAGCAGGAAAGUCCUCUAUCACGGUGAUUGCAGAAGAAUUAUCUGGCAAUGAUGACUACGUUGAACUUGCAUUCAGUGCACGGAAAUUGGAUGACAAGGAUUUCUUCAGCAAAUCUGACCCAUUUCUGGAAAUUUUUCGCAUGAAUGAUGAUGCAACUCAGCAGCUUGUGCACCGAACUGAGGUUGUGAUGAACAACUUAAGCCCAGCCUGGAAAUCAUUCAAAGUGUCGGUGAAUUCCCUGUGCAGUGGAGAUCCAGACCGCCGACUUAAGUGCAUAGUAUGGGACUGGGAUUCCAACGGCAAGCAUGACUUCAUUGGAGAAUUCACCUCAACAUUCAAGGAAAUGAGAGGAGCAAUGGAAGGGAAACAGGUGCAGUGGGAGUGCAUCAACCCCAAGUACAAAGCCAAGAAGAAGAACUAUAAGAACUCAGGCAUUGUGAUUCUGAAUCAGUGCAAGAUACACAAGAUGCACUCUUUCUUGGACUACAUCAUGGGUGGCUGCCAAAUCCAGUUUACAGUAGCUAUAGAUUUCACUGCCUCAAACGGGGACCCCAGGAACAGCUGCUCCCUGCACUACAUCCACCCAUACCAGCCUAAUGAGUACCUGAAGGCUUUGGUGGCUGUCGGGGAGAUUUGCCAAGACUACGACAGUGACAAAAUGUUCCCAGCAUUUGGGUUUGGUGCCAGGAUACCUCCAGAGUACACGGUCUCUCAUGACUUUGCAAUCAACUUUAAUGAAGACAACCCAGAAUGUGCAGGAAUUCAAGGAGUGGUGGAAGCCUACCAGAGCUGUCUUCCUAAGCUGCAGCUCUAUGGUCCCACCAACAUCGCCCCCAUCAUUCAGAAGGUUGCCAAGUCAGCGUCAGAGGAGACCAACACCAAGGAGGCAUCGCAAUACUUCAUCCUGCUGAUCCUGACAGACGGAGUCAUCACAGACAUGGCAGACACCCGAGAGGCCAUCGUCCACGCCUCCCACCUCCCCAUGUCGGUCAUCAUCGUGGGCGUGGGGAAUGCUGACUUCAGUGACAUGCAGAUGCUGGAUGGUGACGACGGGAUCCUGAGGUCCCCCAAGGGAGAACCUGUGCUUCGAGACAUCGUCCAGUUCGUGCCCUUCAGGAACUUCAAACACGCCUCUCCAGCUGCCCUGGCAAAGAGCGUGUUGGCAGAAGUCCCAAACCAAGUCGUGGACUAUUACAACGGCAAGGGGAUUAAACCAAAAUGUUCAUCAGAAAUGUAUGAAUCUUCCAGGACACUAGCACCAUGAACUUUGCACACUUUUACAGAGUUCUGAAAUACUACUACUGCUAAUAUUUAAUACUUCUACUACUCCCGUACUUAAAAAAAUACACAUUUAAAAAUAGCACGUUUCGGUGAUUUUUAACUAUUUUUUUUGCAUGUGUAGCCUCAGCACCUGGAUCUAUUAAGCCCUUGUAUUGUUGAAGACUUUUUACAAAGAACAACAGAUAAUAACUUACUCUUUACACUACAGCAUGUCGCCUUGAAAUAAAAUGGUAUCUGUAUCUGUUUUUUAUACAGGUUUGUUGAAUUUUGCUAAAUUUCUUAUUAUCUUUACACUGUAAAGCAUUUUGAAAUAUUUAUUGAACGUUGAUAGCCAAAACAUAUUUGGUUUUAUCUGCUACAGGAUGAGAGACUUUUCAAAACAGCAGAUGCAUGGACUGUAUUUUGCAUGUUUAAAGUAAUUUAAAAAAAAACACACCACACUGUUUUUGCAGGUGUUACCUUAACUUCUCCCUGCUGAGAAUGGUCUCUGUACUAAGAAAGAUGUAUAGUGACUGAUCUGUUUGGAGUGGGUUCGUGGAAUCCAGCCCAGCCCCUCUCAGGCUGAAUUCACUAUACACGUGUGUCACCUGAGAGCUGAAAUUCAGAGGUUGAUACAGUAGGUCUGAGUGGGGCCUGAAAUGCCUGGUUCCUUAACCAAGUCCCAGAUGAUGCUACUGCAGUCCUUGCACUGCACGGAGAGUAGGGAGGCUCUCAAUGUCAGGUGUCAUAGUAGAGACCAUCUGAGACAGGGCAGCUCCUAGCCUGCUUGAGAAUGGCACCUUUCCCUUGCCCAUAGCAUCAAGGUCCUGCCUGUGCCAGAGGUGAGAGUAGAAAGGAAUGAGACUGACUCCAGAAGUUGCAGAGCCCCAAAUCAGUCUCACUGCUUUAGAGUCACACCUCUUCCCUAAACAAGACUAUGGAGUACUCCUCCUGGCUGGCUCCACCCUCUUAAAAGAGGCAUGUACAUGACUGCAUGGAUGGUUCUACUUAUAUGCCAAUCCCUGGGAACAAUCUCAAAGAGUCCUCAUUGGAACCACAGUGAUGGGAACUUGUCCAUGGCAAAUGGCCAUGAAAUGUGGCUCCCCGGAUCUUGGAUCUUUGAGCUCAGCCUGGGGCUUCCUUUUUGCCUCUUUUUAUCACUCCUGAGGUCAAACUCUAAGCAGAAUUUGUUUCAAUAUGUUAGCCAGUCUUGAAACAAAGAAUGAAUCCUUCACUUGUUUAAUUGUCUAUCAGAUAAAUAAACAAGUGUUUUUGCAAGUAUAAAAGGCACAGAGUGGAAUGUAUUUUUGGCCAGAGAGAUGGGGAAGUAAAUCACAAGGCAAAAUAAAUCUGUUUGUUGUUUGUUUCAGGGGGAGCAAUAUUAACAAGCAAAUCAAAUGCCUUGUAUGAUUUCCAGAGUUAUAAUUAUAGAUCUUAAUCUUGCAAAUACAUGUCAAUAAAAUGCAAAACAUUUUGGGAAUGAUGGUAAAAAUGUUUGACUGAAAAAUCAUAAAUAUUUAAACUGUAUUGUUUUAUGAAUAAAUUGGACACUUACAGAA